CUUUUUCUGCAAAUUCCAAAGGGCUUUUGCUUGACUAGGGAUGGCCUCACCACCGAGUCCAAAACGCCGGCGUAUAGAUGACGACACAAAUGAAACGGCGGCAAAAUCGCCGGAGAAAUCUUCCCCUGUGGUCGUCUUUGCUCACGGCGCCGGUGCUCCCUCUUCUUCUGAUUGGAUGAUCAGAUGGAAGGAUAUGUUGGGUAAAGCACUAAAUGCUGUUGAAGUUGUUACUUUUGAUUACCCAUAUAUGUCUGGUGGGAAAAAGAGAGCUCCUCCGAAGGCUGAAAAGUUGGUUGAUUUUCACGCCGAUUUUGUGAAGCAAACUGUUGCUAAAUACCCAGGUCAUCCAUUGGUUUUGGCUGGAAAAUCUAUGGGUUCAAGAGUGAGCUGCAUGGUAGCUUGCAAGGAAGAUAUUCAUGCUUCAGCAAUUGUUUGCUUAGGAUACCCACUAAAGGGCAUUAAUGGGGCAGUGCGAGAUGAAACUCUGUUGCAACUUUCAAUUCCCAUAAUGUUUGUACAGGGUAGUAAAGAUGCACUUUGUCCAUUAGAAAAGCUAGAAGUUACUCGGAAGAAGAUGAAUUGUCUUAGUGGUUUGCAUGUUAUUGAUGGUGGUGACCACUCUUUUAAGAUUGGAAAGAAGCAACUGCAAACCACCGGAUCAACGCAAGACCAAGCGGAAGAUCUUGCUGUUGAGGCAAUUGCAGCCUUUUUGUUGAGUUCUUUUGGAGAUAGGUGA